AUGGCAAAGGUAUUCGAUGCGACAGAAGUCGCAAAACACAACACUCGGGAGAGCUGUUGGGUAGUGCUAUAUGGCAAGGUCUACGAUGUUACCGACUUCCUGGGCAGUCACCCUGGCGGUGCAAAGAUUAUUCUCAAACUUGCAGGUCAAGAUGCCACCGAGGAAUAUGAUCCAAUUCACCCACCGGGUAUCCUCGAAGAGGAACUCAAGCCCGAGGCAUGUCUAGGAACAAUCGACGCAAGCACAUUACCAAAGGAGGAGACAUCCUCCGAGCCACAAGAAGUGCUCGAGGGACCACCGCCCAUGGAGAACCUUCUCAAUCUAGAUGAACUAGAGGAAGUGGCUGCUAAGCAAGUAAGCAAGAAGGCUUGGGCAUACUACUACUCCGCAUCGGACGACAAAGUCAGCAAAUCCUUCAACAACAAAGUAUACCAGUCCGUCCUUCUACGCCCGAGAGUCUUCGUAGACUGCACAAAGUGCGACUUGGACACAACAGUUCUCGGCUAUAACCUCAAAACACCCAUCUACGUCUCCCCCGCAGCAAUGGCCCGUCUAGGCCAUCCAUCCGGCGAAGCCGGCAUCGCAGAAGCAUGCCGCAGUUUCGGCGCGAUGCAAAUAAUCUCCAACAACGCAUCCAUGACACCCGAACAAAUCGUGGCCAACGCCUCACCGGACCAGAUUUUCGGCUGGCAACUAUACGUCCAGAUCGACCGCAAAAAGAGCGAAACAAUGCUCGCCCGCAUCAACAAGCUCAAAGCGAUCAAAUUUAUCGUUCUAACCCUGGACGCCCCAGUUCCAGGCAAACGCGAGGACGACGAGCGAGCGGGUAUGACAGGACGCACAGCCGCGGUGACCAGCGGCGUGAAAGCCGCCGAGCGCUCCUCGGACGACACGCCCAACCCGACAGAAGGGUCUGGCGGUGUUGGCCAGCAAUUGUUCGCAGGCACCGAUCCAUCCCUGUCGUGGACACAGACUCUCGCCUGGCUCGCUACCCAGACGGAUCUGCCUAUUGUUUUGAAGGGUCUGCAGACUCACGAGGAUGCGUACCUUGCCUCGCUGCAUGCACCCCAGGUCAAGGGCAUCAUUCUCUCGAACCACGGUGGACGGGCGAUGGAUACUGCGCCUCCGGCUGUGCAUACUCUUUUGGAGAUUCGGAAGUAUUGUCCCGAGGUCUUUGAUAAGAUUGAGGUGUAUGUCGAUGGCGGUAUUCGUCGCGGUACUGAUGCCGUCAAGGCUCUUUGUCUCGGUGCGAAGGCUGUCGGUCUUGGGCGCGCCGCUCUUUGGGGUCUUGCGGCUGGUGGAGUCGAUGGUGUUCGUCGGACUUUGCAGAUUCUGAAUGAUGAGAUGAAGACAUGUAUGCGUUUGCUUGGUGUGGAGCGAGUUGAACAAUUAGGUCUCCAACAUAUCAACACUCGCAUGACUGAGCAACAGAUCUAUGAUGGUCCAGCUGCCCUCGAGCCUUUGCGUCGUGAAUUCCGCGCUCGACUUUAG